UGACUAUCACUAACAUAUAUGUGAAGUCUAGAAUUAAAUCUGCUUGUGAUUGCCAAAACUCUUACAACCACAGGACUAUGGAUGCCUCAGGGCUACUUCAGCUGCUUUUCCAUUAAAUCCUGGGAAGGGCCAAGGAGAUUAAGAUCAAGUUGGGAAUUCUUCUCCAGAAGCCAGACUCAGCUCUUGACCUUGUCAUUCCAUGUAAUGAGAAGCCGGAGAAACCAGCCAAGACUCAGAAACCCUCUCUGGAUGAGAUCCUGCAGUGGCGGGAUUCCCUGGACAAGCUCCUGCAGAACAACUAUGGGCUUGCCAGUUUCAAAAGUUUCCUGAAGUCUGAAUUCAGCGAGGAGAACCUUGAGUUCUGGAUUGCCUGUGAGGACUACAAGAAGAUCAAGUCCCCUGCCAAGAUGGCUGAGAAGGCAAAGGAAAUUUAUGAAGAAUUCAUCCAAACAGAGGCUCCUAAAGAGGUGAAUAUUGACCACUUCACUAAAGACAUCACAAUGAAGAACCUGGUGGAACCUUCUUUAAGCAGCUUUGAUGUGGCCCAGAAGAGAAUCCAUGCCCUGAUGGAAAAGGAUUCACUUCCUCGCUUUGUGCGUUCAGGAUUCUAUCAGGAGUUAGUCAAGUAAUAAUAUGGUGAGGCUAUUAAAAUCAUCUUGGGAGUUAUCUCCUCCAUAAUCGCAUGGCAUUUUCCAAUAACCUAUAUAUCUUCCCACUGCAGCUUUGCUCAAAGAUACCCAAACUGGGAAAAUCCCAAGGAAUGCACAUUGUUUUGGACAUGAAGCUUAUUGUCCACUGCAAUGCCACCUCAUUUCUUCUAUCUCAUUGGUAAUUAAGCUCUAUUCAGCAAUUCAGUCAGCCUCUAUCAGAAUCACAAAAGAAUCCUUCCUAAAACAAAACUGCAUAAGAAAAAGAUAUGACAUCAUCAAAUGGGAUUAGAGGAUGAUCACCACCUAAAUUAGACUAAGACAGAAUAUCCAUGUGAAAGACCAGUUUCAAGGGAGCUUAAAUGGUCUAGUUUAUUGUUUUAACUCUGAUUCAGGGAGAUAACCUCUUAAUUACUUCUGAAUUUGGUUAGUAAAAGGUGUAAGGGUUUUACUUUAUUUUGGAAGAAAAUACAUUAUUUAAAAUACUGAUCUUUCCCUUAGAGCAUCUUCCUGUUAACUAGACACUAUAAAGAUAUGAUAAAUAUAAUGUGUUUAUACAAAGUCAACCUGAAUACAAUUCAUAUUAAUACACAAUUAUCUCCUUCACUGUCCUCCCUGUAAAUUUAUCAAAUUCUGUUUUUAAUCAAUGACCUAAAAUCAACAGUAGCCUAUUUAUAAAUUUAUCUGUGUACUGUGAUAUAAGCCAAAAGUCUUAAUUUUCAAGUUAGUGAAAUCCUUGUGAGGGUACAAUUAGUUCAAAAAUUUCUAACUCCAGUCACAUAAAUUAAAGCUGUUGCCAUGCAAUAGUGAUGUCCCACCUCGUUAUCAAGAGAACAAUAUACUAAAAAAGGAAAAUAUUGUUACACUUUAAAUGGCUAAUUACUUUAUAAUGCCAUCUAUUUUUUCCAAAGAUGGUUUCCCUCAAAAACAAAAUUAUAUUUAGAAAAAUUACUGUAACUGUAUAUGGAGGCUUUCUGUAUAGACAGAAUUUUGAAAUAUCCUGUAUUUUGCAAAAUAUUGUGAUAUUCUAGCAACCCAUCUUCUCACACUAUUUUGCUUCCUGCAUUAGUAACCUGUAAUUAUAGUCAGGAGUUCAGAUUUAUAUUCCUGGCAUGGCUCAUACACAACUAAUCGAUACGUCAUGAUACUAUUUAGUCGAUUUAAACGUUUAAUUCUGUAUUUCAUUAUUAUAAAUCUUGCUAGAAUCUUUUUCUUAUCAUUAACAGAUUUGAUUAAGUAAUGAUUCACAUAAUUUAGUAGUAAAUUGAAUCAAACUGAACCAUAUAGCAGGGUAAUAAGGUGAGGGUACUGAGUGAAUUUACAACCAAGCAAGUGGUUUUUAAAGGAUUAAUAAAAUUCUGAAAUGUUUAAGUAGAAGGUUACAUCAUUUAGUCUUGUAUUUCCUCCUUCUGUUACCCUUUUUUAUUUGCACACUUUCAGUAUGUGUGUAGCUCAUUCAGUUAUUUCCUAGCGAUAUUGUAAGUGAAGCAAUUAUGUUACUCUAUACUUCAGGUAAACACUGACUGCAUGGUGAGUUUUCUGUAUUUUUUUUAUUUCAAAAGAUAACAUGUCUGAAUUGUCUGACAUUUCACAUUCUGAAAAGAGUUUGGAGUGAUUGGGUCUGCUGCCAACAACAGUAGCAAGGUGGGAUCAAUAUUGUCACCACGAAGAUGUUCUCAUCCUGCACAUGUGUGUGGGACUGACCAGAAGCUCAGGUCAAACAUUCCAGGGUGACCUCUGCCACUCUCUUCCUUAACAUCUUUCUGCUCUGCUCAAAAUCAGUUGGAAAAGUGCCAACCCUUGAUUCUCUCAUGGAGCUAAAAAUGUUAGGAACCAAAGAAUCUCGGUAAAUUGUUUCUUUCUUGAAUGCCAAACAUUUAAAAAAUAUAAUUAAAAAUGUUAAUACUUCAUCCAUGUUAUAUGAAAUAUGCAAAUGUUUUAAGGUGCCCACAGAGUGAACCAGACAUCACAGGUCUUACCCAAGGGUUACUGUUAUGAAGACUCCCAUCAACCAUAUUCCCAACACACUGCACACCCUGUGCCAGUGGCUGGACUUGUCAGUGGAGGAGGAGAAGGGCCUUCAGCUUUGCAUGAGCUGAUCCAGGAGGUAAAGUGCAGGAAAGGCACUGCAAGGGCCAUGUUGUGAAAGCUACAAAAUGAAGGAAAGAAGGAAUGUCCUCCAGCUAAAAGGUGACAUUAUUUCCAUAUAUCUAUUUAUCUAUCUAUAUCUAUAUAGCUACAUGUAAUUUUACAUUUAAAGUGCGAUAUAUAUAUAUAUAUAUAUAUAUACACAUACACAUAUAUUUGAAAUUCUUCUAACAUGCAGAAAUAAACUUAAGGGAGCCCAAAAUUAGAAAGCAAUUGCCCUAAAAUUGUUUUUGAAAACUUUUGAAAGUUCUUUUUAAAUAUACAGGGGAAAAGUCCUAUGUUAGUAGUAGUUUCCAAGGUUAUACAAAGAAAAUACAUUUUUCUAGUUCUGGGAAAUUAGAAGAAGUGGGAUGAUCUUUCCAAGAAAACAUACGUAACAUCUAUUUAUUAUUCCUUUUGCCACCUCCCCCUCCUCUCUACUUUCCCUUGUCUGGGAAAGUAGGAAACUUAAUGCAAGAGCCUGUGGUGCUCAUAUUUUCUUCCCCUAUGAAAGUGGAACCACAAUUGUAAGUGGAUUUGGGAGGGAGAAAGGUGGUGGAACUAUAUUGUGGUCAGCGGAGGUAGGAGAAUAUGGUCCUCAUUCUAGAGCGAAACCUAGGAUUAGCCCAUGUAAUGGCCCAUGACCUAAGAGCUGCUGCCUGGGUUUGAUACAGUUUGGUGUUGGGUCAGACGAAGAUGUCAACUGUCAACUGUAGAGUAAAUUAGGAGUCUAUGUCCCAUGUUUGCCAGCUUGUCCACACGAACAGCCCUCCAUUCUCCUCCUCCUCCCCCUCUACACACAUGCACAGAGUAUCACAUUUUCUUUCUCCUAGACAGACAGAAACAUAGAAUUGAAGCAUAUCAGUAAUUCGGCUUUCAAAUCAAUAGACUCAAACUUGAAAACAUUUUGUUCCCCGCUACACAAUACUCUGUGUACCACAAAUCUUUAUAAGUUGUGUUCUAAAUAAAUUUCAGUUUUUAGUGUAUAACAGGAGAACUUUGCGAAAAUUUUGUUUUUAUUUUCAUCCUCUUCAAAGCCAUUGAUUUUAUUUGGUUGAUGUGUUCUCUGUGCACAAUCCAUUUCAAUAGGAUGAAAAUUAUGUCCCCCAAAAUAGUACGUAUCCAGAAGGUUCAACAAAAAUUCAAGCAUUAACAAAUCAGUUGAUAAACGAAUAAACAUUCCCUUCUAGGGCUUUGCCAAGCUAUCACAUUCCAAAUUUAAUGGUUUGAAAAUCACUGAAAAGCUUACUUAUAUUUCAGGGAAAUGACUUUUACUCCUGAAAGUGUUCCCUUUAGCAGGCCAUUCUGUAUCCUGGAAAUUUAGCAGAUUUGGAAGAGAAUAGCCCCUGAGAAAAAAGGCAAGAAAGCAGAGAAGGAAGCGUAAAGAAGUACCCAACCUAUGAAUUUCACUCACUGGCUAGAAACAUUUAAGAGCAGCCCAGCUUGACUGAAAAAUCAAUCUGCUUCUUGCUAUAUCUUCCAUAUUCUCAGAGAGGCUUUCUGAACUCAGAAUGCAGCUAGAUGAGAAACUUUGUUUUACUAUCCUAGGGAAUCUUACCUAGAAAACAGAAUAUGGAGGAUCUCUGUUCUACAUUUGGCUGGCAGUUGCCAGGGAGCAGAUAGGAGAGCUCAGUUUCCAACACCCAAACAUCCAAACCCAGGGGCUAGGCAACUCUAUGUAGGUUUGGACAAGAAGUCUUGGUAUAUGUUAGUGUGUCUUGCCCAAAUAGUUACUAGAGCCCUCGAGUUACCUAGUCUUUUCAUUCUAUUAGACAAGCGUGAUUUUAACAUUUGCUUAAUGUGAGCUUCUAUAGUGAACAAUUUAGCAGCUGCCUCUUGUGUAAAACAUAUUUUUCACCAAAUAGAUUCUGUGGCAUAGCAGAGCAGUUAAUAUUUAAAGAAAGCUGUUCCCAAGCAUCAGUUAACCAUCUUGAAACUAGAAAGAUCAACUCUCUCACCGAGGAGAAAUUUGUAACUUUGAGUGGGAACUCAUAGCAAUGAGUGGCAAGCAAAACACACAAAUCUUUGGAGUAUUAUCCUGAAUUCAUGGUUUAAUAAUAAUUGUCCUUUUUUUAGUAGAGAAUCUAGAAAACAUCGCAUUCAUACUCAGCUUAAUAACUCUCUUGCAAGCAAUUUAUUCUCUCACUUGAGAUAUUUUUCCUCCCCAUCUCACUCCAUACUUUCCUAUCUCUUCUCCCUCUAUGAGAAGAAAUAUUUAAAAUAGAUCUCACCACACUUAAUGUAAUAAUGGACACAUUAAAGCAUUUAACUUCCUGUCUUGGAAAAUGUGCAGGCUAAGGCACAGACAAAACAAAGGGGAAAGCUGAGAAAGCUGCCAUUCGAUGAAACAAAUCUCGGUAAUGUUUGAUUUGGAGAAACCAAAGUUUUUCUUUUAAAUGUUGCAAUUAAGAAAUCAUUUUCAAAACACACUGCCAAGAGAACUGAGUAGAAAUGAAAGGUUUAUCAAAGCAUUUUUAAGCAUUUAUCCCAUAAAUGUUCAAUUCUUGAACAGUUAUCUUCUGAUUUUUGUAUCCAAACUUCAUAUACUAUGUAUGUAACCCACACUUUUUAAUAAAUGAAGCACCAAAUAUGUAUCUGUAACCACAAUCACAUAUAGCAUAUUAAAUAUUUAUCUAUGUAAUA